GCAUGUUGUUGGAUUAUUUCUCUAUAUUGGAUGUAUUUUCUUUGUGAGAAUAUAAAGCAAAACAGAAAACUCUUUUUUAAAGUGUAUUAUCUGCCUGCAUCCUUUAAGGGUCUUUUAUUUUCUAUCUGGCUUUGAUUUUGUGCUAUGUGGAGUUAUUAUCACAAGAGGUUUUUGUAUCUCUUGCUCAUGAAUGCUGUGUUUGGUGUUGAUGCAGAUGAAGUGAAGUCAGUCUCAGUGUUGGAGGGAGAUUCUCUCACACUACGCAACGAUGAUACUGAAAUACAGACACAAAAUCAGAUACUGUGGAUGUUUGGACCUCAAGAUUCUCGUAUAGCUGAAAUCCAUAAGAAAACAAUUGAUUUGUACGAAAGUAAUAGGAUAUUUGGAGAAAGACUGAAGUUGGACGAUCAGACUGGAUCUCUCACCAUCAAAGACAUUAGAAUCACAGACUCAGGAAUGUAUAAGCUGAUGAUAAUCAGUAAUAGAGGCACUUCAUACAAAAGAUUUAAUGUUCGUGUCUAUGUUCCUCUAGAUGUUCCUAUCAUCAUCAGAAACUCUUCUCAGUGUUCUUCAUCAUCAGAAAGAUCUUCAGUGUCAAAAUGUGUGUUAAUGUGUUCAGUGAUGAAUAUGGCACAUGUGACUCUCUCAUGGUACAAAGGAAACAGUUUAUUGUCCAGCAUCAGUGUGUCUGAUCUCAACAUCAGACUCUCUCUACCUCUGGAGGUGGAAUAUCAGGACAACAACACAUACAGCUGUGUCAUCAGCAAUCCCAUCACAAACCAAACUCAACAUCUAAACAUCAAAGAUGUCUGUCCGCCGUGUUCAGUUCUCCUGCGUUCACGUUGGAGACUGGUGUUAGCUGUCGUUGCGAUCUUGGUCAUGAGUAUAAUUCUAUUCUGGUGCUUCCGGACAGCCUGUUGGCAAAAUUUAUCCAAAUUAUUUUUUAUAUAAUUUUGGCUGGUUGUGAAUAAAUUGAACAGAGCAUAUUUGAUUUUGUUCAGCUGAUUGGAAUGACCUACAAUGAUAACAUGCAAAUGCCGGGUCUCACAUUCAGGGUUGUAUCUAUAACCUUAGAAAUAAAUUUAUAUACCUCAGCUCAUAAAGAUUUUAGACGCACAAGCAACUUACUGCAUGGACUCGGUUUUCCUAAUAUGUGUCAUAUAUUAAAUAUAUUUCACUUGCUGUAAUUAGUUUGCUUUUAAAACUUUUUUAAUUAAUAUUUAGCAAAUUCAUUACAUGACACACUUCAAAUCGUUUUAUUCUGAGCUGAGUAACUAAAUAAAAAAAUAAUAAGUUUAAAUGCAACAAGUCAAACUUGCAUUACAGCCUUUGCGUCUGGCAGUUGGGUUUAAUUGUUUUCUAUCGCUACUUACAACUAUCUUUCUGGUAACACCUGUUCUCGUGUUCCCACAAAAAAUUGUUUAAAGGUAACUUUCCAGGCUUUCAGUUUAGGUUUUAAAUUGAAAUAAUAGAUUAGUAUUUCCUCAUUGUUGGUUAUGUUAUGCAAACUGAGUCUAAAUUUCACUUAAAACCAGUGCACUUGUUUGUCUACACCUCACUUUUAGGUGGUGUCUUCAUUGUUAUAGUGUCUGGAGAACUACUGGAAGAAUCUUCUAGCUAAAACAUUAUUUAAAGUAUAAUACUUUCAUUUAUAUAAGAAACAAUUUAGUAUAGGGCAGUAAGUGUAAUUUUUCAUUAAAUUCCGAGCUUAACACACAAAACAAAACAAGUCUCUAUAGUACUUAUAAAAGUGUCUCAUAACACUGCUAAAAGGCUGAACUUGCUGCUUGAGCAAAUGUGGCAAAAUCCCCCAGAAACUUCACAAAACAUGUCCUAACAACAUGCAGUAGCAUACAGAGGUUGUCAUGCGUGAUACCAUUGGUAAAAUUGUAUACAUCAUAAUCACUCACCCAUAAUCUCAUCCACCCAACAUUUUUUUAACAGUAGAUGAGCAUCUCUGCCCUCUGCUGUCUGCUAUGAUGUACCUCAGUGUAAAAUAACAAAAACGGAAGAUUUAAGCAACUUCAGGGAGCAAUAAGGCGAUGUGUCAUACAAGAGCAAUAAUACAUUAGUUGUUAAAAGUUAGUUUCUACAAAAGCCAGACUAAUACCCGUUAAGAGAAAGAGACGAUGACAACCUCUUAAGCGGCUGACCCUAAUCCUUAUAGCCUACCAGGAAUGAUUUCUGGCGUUGGAAAUGAGCUAAAAAAUAUUUCGAUUACAUUUUUAGUACACUCUCUUUUCUCCAUAUGACGGCCACCAUUAUUCCUAAGCAUUUCCAGCGCAAGUACAUUUUCUGUUUAGUUUUUAGAAUGGUUUAAAACUACCAAAUUGAUGUAAUAUUUCAGCCAAUAGUAAAUGAAACCUACAUUUAGCUUUCAUUGAGUCUAAAAAUACACUAGUUUUAUGUGGUAAUACAGUAGUUUUAUGUGGUGCUCGUAUGUAAAAAGGAAAUAGUCCAUUCUCUCUGCUCUGUUCUUCUUUUAGAUGUGCUGCCUUUGGCCCCAUAAGCAUUAUUUUCUCUCAGGUUCCAGAAGCUAUUGGUCCACAUUAGCCUGUGUGCUGUCCUUUCAUUUCUGCCCAUUGCCCAUGAUUGGUCCUCUCUCUCCUGCCUGUUUGUGUGCUAGUAAAUAAACUAUUAGUAGAUAUCUGCAAUCGAAAUCCGUCUUCAUUUUCAGACAGGCAGAAUGUGCAUUUGAAAUAAUAUACGAAAUAGAUUGAACAUUGACACAUGGUAGAUUGAACUAUUUUAUUUGUCAUUUAAAGAUGUUCUGACUCACACAGUUUUCCUACUAUUUAUUCACCUAUAGCCUAUGUACAGCCAUAGACAUAGAUGUGAUAUUAUGCACUGUAUUCAAUGACAUGAUUGGAUUCGUGGACAAUGCUCAUCCUGACACAUACUACUGUGGACACGUGGUCCCAACAUAUCCAGCUCUAACCCAAUCUGAUAUCAUGCCAUGCACCACUGGAGGUGCAGUGUGUGCUGAGGUCUGUAUACAGUUAAAGUUGCAGUUAACCUACAAAGGAGGGAUAGGCAAAGUCGGUCCUGGAGUGCUACACAGAAGAUUUAAGAACCUAUCCCAAUCAAACACACCUGA